CAGAAGCUAAACAAAGUUGUUGUGAUUGGAGGUGUGCCAUACAAGACAUCAUCAAAUAAACUUACAAAAACAAAAGCAUCUUCAACCACAGCUGAACAAAGAAAGAAAACAAGUGCACCUGAAUCUCUAAAAAGGGGUCAGUUUUUGUAAUAUUGAAUUGUUGCACUUGCUGACAAAAUUUUACUGAUUGUGAAUUUGUGGGUAGCCUUUGUCGUGGAGAUAAUUUGUACAGUUCUAGGUCCUAACAAGUAAGAUUUUUGAUUUAUAACUCAUCUAGACAUAAAUUAAAUACAGUUGGCAUUAAGGAAAGUUUUUGUCAACAGUGGCCUGGUGAUGCCAAUAGUAAAAACAUAAGCCUUGAGUGAAACAUUUCAUUUUCACUAUGACACAUAAGGUAUCUACACUCUUUACAUAUUUAUAAUUUAUUAUCUGCAAGCAUAAGAAGACUUGUUGCCUUGAUUGUAUGUGUAAUGCAAGAAAUGCAAUGGCUACUUGUUGGAACAAUCAGGAAAAGUUUACCCCAGAUGUGGCAUUGACACUGAGAAACAAGUUUUCUUAUUUGACUAUUCAUUUAUGGACCUGCCCUCCUGUUUUGUUACACCGUCCAAAUUGAUCACAAUUUUAAUGAUGCAAGUUUUUCGAAACAAUUGUGAACAGUUGCAAAGAUAGUGUGAAAAACCACAAUCGUCAUGCAUUGUAUUUUAGGAAAGAUGUCAAAAACUGUCACUAUUCAGGGUGAGAAGUUUGUGAUGGACUCCAAAGGGAAGACACUUCACAGAGUCAACAAAGGUACAGUUGUGACUUUUCCUCAGUGACAAGGAAUUCUGAUAAAAGUGCUGUUCUCAAUACUGCUUCUACAAGUACUUGCUUUUUGAUUAGCAGUUUUUGUCAAGCAAAUAGACAUUGGUCCCAUUUUUGUGCUUUAUCAAAAUAAUUAAGUGUAUCUGAAAGUUUUCUUGUUCACAGCAAAAAAUUAAUGUACCCUUUUGUUUAAAUUUUUCUGCCUUUUAGUACCUAGAAGGUUGAGUAUUUCAAAGCAGAACCAAGUUCUGACAGGAAGAAGGCGAUCGAGUAAUGGUCGCAUGACUGUUCUAUGUACAUGGACUACAUUAGUCAAGGCUAAGGCCAGCAAUUCUCAAAACCAGACGCUUGCUAGGUAUUGUGCAUUACUAGUAGUAGUAGUAGUAGUAGUAGUAGUAGUAGUAUCAUUAUUAUUAUCAUUAUUAUUAUUAUUAUUAUUAUUAUUAUUAUUAUUAUUAUUACUAUUAUUAUUAUUAUUAAAUAAAGUGAUGAUGAUGAUGACGAUGUCAGUGAUGCUAAUGAUGAUGAUGAUGAUGAUGAUAAAGAUGAUUAUUAUUAUCAUGAUUUGUUAAGGCUAGCAUAACAAUAAAAUAUUAUAUUAUUAUGCUUGAGUCCAAAAAUAUUAUCAUUACUCACUACUGUGUUUAUUGAUGUUUUCAGACAAUAAAAUCAAGAAUAGAGUUUUCAAAUUAAAAACAUAAAAAACAAUACAUUUUCAUGUGUUGGUGAUAGAUGCCGUUUGAUAUAUAUUAUGAUGAAUGCAUUGUUAAGUGGUUGUUGACAUACAGUAUUAUUUUUUGCCAUAUUUCAAAUUAUCACUGUGGAAAAUUCGAACAUGAUGAGGCAAGCAAGUUCUUAGAAGCUAAUAAGGCUUAUGAAAAGGACUAAAACAGCUACUAGUAAACUUAUUUAUUUAGCAAGGAAAAAAUAAUUGAAGUAGAGACUGUUAAAAGUCUAAUGAUAAGUCUGUUAAAACAGCAAGUUGCCAUGGAAAAACAACAACCUUAGACUUUUUUUGCAUUUAUAAUUUCAGUCGUGUGUUACGGCGCAGCAUUCACAAUGCCAGGCUCUUUCAUAAGAACAAAAAGAAGCCAGCCUCCGAGCAAUACUGCAUGUUCUACAACAGAUUUGGUAAGAUUGUGUUUUUUUAUGUGAAUUCACUAUGAAAAAUUCAAUUUCUGGAAUGAAAGAUCUAGCAAUGGGGCUAGGAAUAUCAUUUAAUAACAAAUUUUGUAUUCUUGAGAUCCUGUUUUAUACAUUUUACUCAAACAGGAAUGAAAAAACAAUGUCAUUCUUUGUACAGAAGUUUGUUUUUGUUCUAUAGAGUUUGUUAUAUCGUGGUUGUACUGUAAGAGAUUGUACACCGAGUUAGGCUAUAUUUCGCAGAAAAAAGGAAACCUAAAAUGUUUGGAUGCAAAAAUGUGAUCAAGAGAGGAAACAGUAAAAUUCUCAAUUUCAUUAUACAGCAUUAAAUUGCAUCUAAAAUUUUUGGGAAAAUAAUAACAAAGCCCUUGUAAUUUCGAGAAGACUCACCUUCCCCUCAGAUGACCAAACAGAUAAAAAUUUUAUAGCGUCGCUUAGAAUACGUUUCUAGAGAUCUGGAUAGCCUAAAAAGUAUUUGCAAUGUAUUUAGGAUGAAACCGUCGUUUAGUGCCCCUGUUUUUAGGCAGUCACUUGUCAUCCAUUGUUGCUUACAAGAAGUUGUCACACAUGGAGGUGCAACUGUAAAAAUAACAUACAUACAUGUGACUGCUUUUUGCUUUUGUUAUGGAACUUGGCUAGGUGAUGAUUUUGUGUAAAAAAAAAAACCAUUUUUAAAAUAGAUCACAACUUUCUUUUUUUAUGUCAGGAAAAUGUAACAAGCAGGAUACUUGCCCUUACAUUCAUGAUCCUUCAAAAGUUGCAGUAUGUACAAAGUAAGUUUGAGUUGUGUUGUUUUCAGUAGCCUGUUAGCAGGCGCCCGGAAGUACUGGGCAAAGAACGGGCGCGCGAGAAGGAGACAAGACACGCGUGUCUCCCUGGGCGGCACGUGCCCGUUCUCUCUUUCACCCACUUCUUCCAAGCGCCUGCUACGCAGGCUAUGUUUUCAGUUGCCCUAUAGAUUCUGUUACGCUGGGCUUUACAUUUUGCUGACAGGGUCACUAUCCCUUGGGGAUUGAAACAUUAAUUAAUAUCCUCUGACAAUCUCUGGGUAGUGUCUAAACGGUUGAACUCAGCUGUCACAUCAUGGCACAAGCCUGUGUAGAAAUGGUGAAGUAACAUUUAUGUACAGCGAAAGAAUUAUCCUUCACAGAUACCUUCUCGUAAAGGAGGAGGGGGCACCAAUGAAGAGAAAAAAGGAAGAAGAGGACCGCGAGUGAAUUUUCUUUGACAGUUCCGACAAAACCCCCAGCUAUGUAGGCUAACAGUGUACUAUAGUGUCUACCACUUUUGUGUAAAUUGUGAACUUUUUAUUUCAUCACAUUUCUUGAUCAUUUGUAGAUUCCUACGAGGGCGCUGUAAAAAUUUAGAUGGGUCUUGUCCAUUCUCGCACAAGAUUGAUCGAGACAAGGUUAGUGUUCUACCCCCUUCCACAGCAAGUGAUUUGUUGUAGAGUUCUUAACUGUAGCUUGGGCGCACGUUAAAAGCCAACAGUCGUUUGGACAGGGGGAACUUAUGCUACCUGUACUUUACAAAUAAAGAAGCCUUGACUGUGCUCUUUUCUAUCGUAAAGCACGCAGAAAGUGACUCGAGUACGAAAGAAGUGUAGAGGGAGACACGAGACGUAAUCGAGUGUUUCUUCCGUCUGCUUGAGUGCUCUAGCUGCUGCGUAAGUGCUUUACAACAGAACAGAGCACAGUCAAGGCUUCGUUAUUUGUUUUAUCAUAAAGAAUCCACUAAAUUCCCAAAGCAUUACUUUCUAAUUUUCAAAACGUCGCGUGACAGCCACAGCUCCGUGUUUUAAACUCUCAUAAAGAACGAUUUUUCAACUACUCAGAGUGCGCGUUUUGUCUGAACUUUAUUAUAAUAUUGGAUUAUUGGAUUUGUGGCAUCUAUUGUGACUGGCAAAAGUUUGAGACAGUUACUUGAGUUUUGCAUCUUGCACUGCAACAAACGCAACCAUAAAAAAUUUAUGUUUUUUGAUUGGCUAACGAAAUACCAAAGUCCUGGUCGAAAUAUGCUGGGUGGCGGUGGGUGGCCCUUGUUAAGUUCGUAUUGGCUGAAGUAACUCUUUACAAAAUAAUGUUUUUCUUUUUCCUCAGAUGCCUGUUUGCCAGUUCUUUCUUCGAGGAACAUGUUCCAAUGAUAAUUGCCCUUAUUCUCAUGUGAAUGUCAGCAAGAAAGCUGAAGUCUGUGAAGAUUUUCUGAAAGGAUUUUGCGCUCUUGGUCAACAGGUAAACAUCAAUAUAUGUCGUGUAAGUAAAGGGAAGACUGUAAUGGUAAACGACACGAUUGACCAUUGAAGUUUAAGUGAAGUGAAGUCUAAUUUAGUCGGUAACAACUUUAGUAACACCUUAUUGGCAUGCACCUAUCACGAAAUACGUGCUUAUAUUUAAGUAUGUAUUUUAUGCGUAUCCACAGAUUUUUAUGCCUUGCUUCAAAGUGGCAGGGUUUCAGACCCAGAGUGUCAGUCUGGUUUGUGUUAGUCCCUUUGCAGCUAAUCAGUCACGUGGUACAAAAAUCGCUAUGCUGGAGAGCAACAGACGCACUAGGGCACUGAAGACAAACAAAGGACAUUACCAUUUUAUAUGAUGUGAGCUGUUUGUUUCUCUUGUCUCAAUGCUUCUCUUGCUCUACGCCAAGGAGGUUUUGUACCACGUAAAAGUCUAGUUGCAAAGUGCCUACUGUGUUUAGCCGAAUAAGCGCCGCCCCCGAUUAAGCGCCGCCCUUGAAUAACCGCCGCAUUUGGGACAAAAAAAGUUAAUAAGACGUUAAUUCUGUUAGUUUAAUACGGAAAAUAUUAUUAAUACCGUAGUUAAAACGGAUCUUUGUCGCGUCCAACUUUCAAAUAAACGCCGCCCUCGGAUAAGCGCCGCAUUUGAGGCCAGGUCCAGGUCCUCUCUAUGUUCUCGUACACUAGACCAGCCGAUCUGUCGGACGGUGUACUUCUUGAUAAUGGAUAGUCCUUUUUGUUUCUUAGUGUAACAAAAAACAUAUUCUUGAGUGUGAAGAAUUUGCUCGAACUGGCGAAUGUUCAAAGGGAUCAAAGUGUAAAUUGAUGCACAGGACGAGAAAAUCUGCACUUCGUAAACGAAAAACUUCAACGAAAGAAGAAAAUACCGCGAAGGUAUCCAAACUGGAUUUUACGAACGAUGACGGUUUCUUGCCGCUGACCGCAAGCAUCUCAGGUUUGUUAAAUCACCGCAGGCCAUGAGUUGAAUUGCAUUUGGGUGAAGCGUCCGUUUCAGAUUUCCUUGAGGGACAAGUGACAUUAAUUUUGAGGGCUAUAUGUUACUUGUCAGUUUUAUUGGGAACUAAAAGGCCCUACUAUAAUAGAUUCAAAAACCAGCUAUGGGAGAAGAGAAGUAACUGCCUGGAAACGACAGCGCAAACGGGUCACUAGUAGCUAUGCAAGGCGCUCCCAUUCAGUAAAAUAUAAAAUGAAAUUUGCUUACAACUGCUAAAAACUGAAUAAUGUCAUUCAAGUCAGCAUGAUAUUGGCCUAGGAGCAGACUCCGGAUUUCGCUCAUCUCUCGACUUCGCCGCUCGUGCGAAACCUGCACCACUACGCUGCUGAAAUCCUCACUGCCUCGCGUGCGCAAAUCUCUCUCUACUCAGCUCGCUCGUAAUUGCUCCCAGGCUAGUAUAGGCAGCGUAGUAAUGAGGCUUCUUUCCUGUCGCUGAAGUUGUUUUGUGUUGUAGAUUCGGGUCUGUCUUCAGCUCAGGAGCCGUUGGAUAAUACAACAACAGAUGAAACAAAACAGAUGGCUGGUGAGAAUUACCACAUACAGUCUGUACUGAGGCCUUUAAAUGACUUUGUUAUCGGUGGAAGGACCGAAUAUGCAUGUCAUUAUUUUACACAUACCUCAGGGGCGGGUCGCUUCAAUCGCUUAUUUCAUAAGCGGCAUAAUUCUAGGGCACCUAUUCCAUGGUUUUAUAAUCUCAUUUCACCAGUUACUUGUCUAACACCGAACCUUUGAGUUUAUCCAAUUUGCGGAUAAUCAGCGUUGACUUCAACUGUUUUCAAAGAAUUUCGUUUAGAUAUACUGGUUAUUCGAUAAUUAAUAUUUGAUAGGGUGCUUAACCCCUCAAGUCCCAAUAGUGAUCAACAUCAAUUUUCUCCUAACAAUAUCCAUAUGUUGCCAAGAAAAAUAGUUGUGAGAGUUAUUAAAUUAUCAGUAAAGAGAAAAUGCUUUGAUCGGUUUUGAAGUUCUCUCAACUAAUUCUUAAAGGAAAUGUUUACAAAUCAGUUUGGGGUAUUUGUAUGUGGAAAUAAAACUGAUUAACUUAACAAGACCUCCAAAUGAAAAUGUCAGUUAUAAUAGCAUUGAAACUCCAGACCAAUUUCGAUACAUUAAAGUUCAUACUUGGCGAGGAGAAAUAGGGGAAUAAAGCAAAAGAACUAUAUUAUUCACUGCUGAGCCUUUUGGUUUUUUUUCACCUAAGCCUCGUAGCCAAGUAUGAAUUUUAACGAGGAGCCAUAAUCAGCCAUUCGCCACUUCCACAUUUUUGAUAAUACACCUUAUUUGCCCCCCAAAAUUUUGUUUAAGCAUUGUUUUCAAUCUCUCUUGGGAUGGCUUACCCUGGGUGCCAGAGGGUUUUUUUUCCCGCUCGUCACGAUCGCGGCUUCGCCGCUUAAUUUUCGCCGCAAACAACAGGAAAAAAACCUUCUGGCACCAUGGGUAGGGAUGACUGUAAUAACCAGGAGAAAUGAAAAACAAAAGCUAUGCACAAUUUUGGGGUCAAAUAAGGUGCAUUAUGCGAGAUGUGGAAGUGGCGUAUACACCGAUUAUGGCCUUUUCCCAUUUUGUAGAAAGUUUUAGAAAUAAAGCGACAAAACACGAACGUUGGUGGCAUGAUGUAAAGCUUGUUAUUUCUACUUGAUUAGCGAGACAAUUACUUUUAUAAAUAAAAAUCCUCGACCUCACCCUUCAUAAUCAUAUAUUAUUUGUUCUCGUUAGAGCCGCUGGUGAUACGCCCGAGAUUCUUGAAGACUAAGGAAUCAGAGAAGUGA